AUGGUGUCACAUAUGACACCACUUGGUCUUUUAGGGAAUGUUGCAAAGAUGGUGUCACACAUGACACCACCUGGGCUUUUGUGGCAUGUUGUAAAGAUGGUGUCACAUAUGACACCACCUGGGCUUUUGUGGCAUGUUGUAAAGAUGGCGUCGCAUAUGACACCACUUGGGCUUUUGUGGCAUGUCGUAAAGAUGGUGUCACAUAUGACACCCCCUGGUCUUUUGUGGCAUGUUGUAAAGAUGGCGUCGCAUAUGACACCACUUGGGCUUUUGUGGCAUGUCGUAAAGAUGGUGUCACAUAUGACACCACCUGGUAUUUUGAGGAAUGCAACUGCACCUG